AUGAUUAAAAUGGUGAAUGAUAAUUGAAGAAGUGGCGGGCCACGUGAGAGAAGUAUGUACUUUUGGAAAGUGGGUCAUUUCGAAGUUCUUCCUGUCUCCAUCCAUAUGAGUGAAUCUUACCUUCUUGUUAAGUGA